AUGGGUCAAAGUAAUAGAAAAGUAGAUAGGAUUUUCACAAGUAAAGUAAACAUCUUAAUGAUUGGUUACGAUUUUGGCGGGAAAACAACGAUUUUACACAACCUAAAGAUUGGUGAGGUUUCCAAUGUUAUUCCAUUUUAUGGUUACGAUUAUGAACAAGCAAAUUAUAAUAAUCUAAAUAUAAUUAAUAUGGAUUUGAGACACAAAAGAUGGGACCGUAGAUUAAUGGAGAUGUUAUCCCAAGAUAUAGAUGCUAUUACUUUUGUAAUCAAUUCAUCAGAGGACGAACUAUUCACAGACAUUAAAAAUAGUUUAGAAUAUUUAUUCAAUCAAACAAAUUCUUUAUCAAUAUCAGAGAUAUCGAAACGUAUCAAUACACUAGAGAUUAAAGAUAGAAAAUGGUAUCUUAAACCAACAAUUGCAAUCAAUAAUAACUUUGGUGUUUUCCAAGGUUUUCAAUGGUUAUCAGAUGUAUUAUUAAAUAAUUAA